AUGAUGGCUAUAUUGAGAUCUGCAGCUACUGUGGAAAACAUGCUGAUCAAGAAUAGUGGGCUCCAAGCCACUAUGGAUGUGCUGCACGGUCUUCCACAUGCUACUAUGGGUUUGCGUAGUAUUUCUAGUGGUACAAGCAGAAUCAGGUUUGAGCCGGGAGACCCAUUAAAGCUCGAAGAUUUGAAUUCGAACGUCCUGGAAGCUAAAUAUGCGGUACGUGGGAAGAUUCCUGCUCGAGCAAUGGAGUUAGAACGGCAGUUGAGCAGGGAUCCAGAUUCUUUGCCUUUCAAGAAGAUUAUCUAUGCUAACAUAGGUAAUCCACAGCAAUUGGGACAGAAGCCGCUCAGUUUUUCUAGAGAGGUGUUGUCAUUACUGGAGUCUCCAAAUCUGUUGCAGAUGCCAAUGGAGGUUUUGAAUCUUAUUUAUAAGCCGGAUGCUGUCAGGCGUGCGAAAAGAAUGAUGCGUGACUUGCAGACGUCGAUUGGAGCGUAUUCUCAUUCACAGGGCGUGCUAGGUUUUAGAAAGACAGUUGCUGAAUAUCUUAGCUCUCGAGAUGGUGAACCUGCUUCCGCUGAAGACAUUUUCUUAACGACAGGUGCUUCCAAUGGGGCAUCGUUGAUGAUUGAACUUCUUUGUAAAGGACAGGAAUCCGGGGUUUUGAUCCCAAUCCCGCAGUAUCCACUGUAUACUGCCACGAUUACACUUAAUAACACAGUUGCUCUUCCAUAUUAUUUAGAUGAAGAAUCAGGCUGGUCUCUAAACAUUGAUGAUCUUGAACGUAUCAUUAUUGAGUCUAUUGAGAAGGGCGUUAAACCGGCAUGUUUAGUUGUAAUAAACCCAGGAAACCCCACGGGUGCAAUUCUUCCUGUAGAGUCUAUGGAACGUAUAUUUGUCAUUGCUGCAAAAUAUUCCAUAGUUGUCAUUGCAGAUGAGGUUUAUCAGGAGAAUGUGUUUGAAGGUCUAAAAUUUUACUCUAUGAAGAAAGUGCUGAGAUCUUUACAAAGAAGAUAUAAGGAAUUGUUUUCUAAUGUUCAGUUGGUAUCGUUACACUCUACUUCAAAGGGGUUAUCGGGAGAAUGUGGCCAGAGGGGCGGUUAUAUGGAGCUGGUUGGUUUCAGUGACGAUAUUCGCGAGGUUAUAUUGAAGAUGGCCAGCAUUCAGCUGUGUUCUCCUGUGGGAGGACAGGCGCUGGUGGAUUUGAUGUUGUCACGUCCAAAGCCUGGUGAUGAAUCAUACGAAAGAGAUCUUAGCGAGAGAUCUUCUAUCCGAAACGCAUUACAAGAACGCUCAAAGUCAUUGUGGGAAACAUUUAACAACCUGGAAGGAGUUGAAUGCCGGAAACCUCAAGGUUCUAUGUACCUGUUUCCAAGGUUAGUGCUCCCACAGAAAGCUAUCAAGGCUGCUGAAAGUUUAGAUAUGCAACCUGAUGAGUUUUAUUGUACUGAAUUACUGAAUAGUACAGGUAUAUGCACUGUCCCUGGUUCAGGGUUUGGGCAAGCUCCUGACACCUGCCAUUUGAGGACGACGUUUUUGUGCCCUGGGACUGAAUGGAUCGAGUCUUGGGAACUUUUCCAUAAGAGUUUCUAUGAUAAGUACAGGGAUUGA